GAAGUUUUACUGCAAACUGGAGGCAGGGUUCCUCCAGCCCGGCGUGGGAUUUCCUGGCGCAGCAGGGACGGGGGGAGCAGGCAGGGCAGGGCUGGCUGCACUGCCCGUCGCAGCAGCCGUGCCGGAGCACGCUGGCGGGGGCCCUCCAGCACCGCCGAAUUUACCUGCUUUCAUCUGAACUCUUUCUCAUCUCUGGCGUCCCACCUGCGUGAUCCCAGCGGCGAGAAGCUCCCGCUCCCCAGAGCCCCGGUUCAUGCAAGCAGGGUAGCCUGGGCUGCCGUCAGAGGCUUUAUCAGCUGCAAGUACCGAACCGAGCGCCCCUGCAGCAGGUAGCUUCUGCCUGCAGCGCUUCAUGUUAGCGGUAUCGCUGCUAAUCUGGGCAGGAAAAGCAGGAGGGGGCAGACACAGCCUGCCCCCAGCACCGACAGCAGCAAACUGGGUUUCAGCCACUGGUGGCCUGGUCUGAAGCCAACUCUGCGGUGACCCGGUGACUCGUUGCAAUGUAGGCAAGGGCAGUCAAUGUUUAGGAAAAACUUGAUAGGGAGCAGGCUGGCUGGUGGGUUUUGGCGCUUUGUUGCGGGUAGCGUCGUUUCUUGGAGGAGGUGACUGGAUAUAACGUGUGUCUGGAGAGCGACACUGGGAAGCACGUUCCAACAAGCUGAGGAUUAACUGAGUUUCGUUUGUCACGAACAUGUUUGGACGCAAAGGAUGAUAGGUAGAACGAAACGCUGAGGCCGGCUGUUACAGAAAGAAAAGAAAAGACCACAGAAGGUGCCGUCACCAGCGAAGGUUUUACUAGGAUUGUUCUCAGUUGUGCGUACAGGAGGUAGCAAGCUGGAAAAAUUGACAUGUAUAAUGCAGCUGAUGUGCCCCCUGCUCUCAUGAAUCCUCUCUCCCAGUCACAGUUUGUUCCCCUGGCUGAAGCUCUUCGCUGCACCAUAUCAGACAUGAAUGCAGAUCAUGUGAGGGUUACUCAGGAAACUUUAAUGGAACAGUUAGUGAAAAAUUAUCCAGGUAUUGCAGUUCCCUCCCACAAGAUUGUAUAUAACACCCUUGGCACGCUGAUUAAAGAAAGGAAGAUCUAUCAUACGGGAGAGGGAUACUUCAUCGUGACCCCCAGCACCUACUUCAGCGCACACGACGCCACAGAAGCCAAUAAAAGGGUCCAGCUGGAGGACAGUUGCUGUUCAUCCCCUUCUGUCACUUACCUUGUAAGCAUACAGAACUGCGCAGACCUAAGGAAAGAAAACAUUCCUACGGUUUCCCCUUACAGACCCUGCCAUUGUUUCCCUGACAAGAAUAUGCUCUGUGAACAAAGACAUCGGCAGCUAAUGAACCAUGCACCUAAUGGAGGCGGUAACAGAGGCUGCAGUGAAUUGAAGCCUUCAAUUCAAAAUCAAGGCGUGUCCUCAUCGGGUGAAACCCAUUCCUGGGACACCAUCAAAUCCCUGACAUCAGUGAAAGAAAAACGGAAAUGUAAAAGGUUUGGCUUUGGCCUUUUCUGGCGAAGUGCUUCUAAAAAAGAAAAAAGUAAGAAAGACUACUCCACCUUUUCAGCCCAGUUUCCUCCCAAGGAGUGGCCAGUCAGGGACGAAGAUGACUUAGGUAAUAUUCCACGUGAUAUUGAACAUGAAAUCAUCAAGCGUAUUAACCCUAUGCUUACAGUUGAUAAUUUAAUUAAACACACAGUAUUAAUGCAGAAGUUUGAGGAGCAGAAAAAAUAUAUCAGUAAAGGUACCUCAGCUGAAGUGUCAACAGUCGGGCAAAAGCAUCUGUCAAAGGAGUGUGUUCAAAAGACACAAAGUAAAACAGAAAAGCAUGGCAAGAGAAACAAAUCAAGCAAAGAGAAGCAAAUUAGCAGAGGCAACAGGAAAUCUCAAAUACAAGAGCUAACAUCCCAAAGCGAAAAACUGGAAGAGCACCUGUCACUGCAUGUUACCAACCAACAGCCAUUUGAUAUAGCUGUGGAAUCCCAAGUCAUAUAUAAAAAACAAAUUAAGAACCCUUUUCAGGGUCUGUCGUGGAGACACAACUUUUACGUGAAAGGGCAAAAAGGUCAGAAUAACGGUCAGCUGAAGUCCAGGACUCGAAAGCAAGAAAGGGGUUUACAAAGACCAAGGUCUUUGGAUUCCUCAAAAACCUUUGAAUAUGAAGCUGAACAACUGGUUGCUGAACAGCAGGCUGACAAAGCCAAGCCAGACAAAUCACUCCAUGUUAAUAGGUCUUCCCUCCAACUAAAGAAAAACGGUUUAAGUGAAAACGUUAGUUGUCCGCAAGGCAGUACUUUGCAAAUAGAUGGCAAAUGUAAAUACGCUAUGGAGAGUAAUAUUUCUAAAAACAACAUCCGCAGACAAACAGCCAAAAAAAAUCCCGCUGCUGUUCAAAAAUCCCCUGACUCCUACACUGAAGAUAAUGUUGUGUGCAAAGAAGAUGCAAAAUAUUCAUUACAUCUGAAAGAUGAGCAUUGCAAAUACAAAGCUGAGUCUGCAUGUAAAUUACUAGAUCAAACAUCAAAUGAAUUUCAAAAUGUCAGCCUUUCAAAUUAUACAACCAGAGCUAACCUGCUAAAAAAGCCUGGUGUGAAAUACAGACAAAAGACUGAUAAAAAGAAUGAACUUGCAUUUAAAUAUGACUGUACCAGCUGCCCUGCAUCAAUGAAGCUGGAAGGUGAAGGAUUUACUGAUGACUGCCAUCUUAUGUACCAAAAAGCACAUGAUGGUAACACCUGUAGUUCAUUAUAUCUGGACAACAAUUUUGAACACAGCGAACCAGGUCACUUGCAUCCUGGCCGUGCUUUUUCAGAUAGAGAGGACUGGAAUAACGCUGUGCAAAAAGUGGAGGCAGCUAUGUCCGUAAAAAACUGGAAGGUUAAUAUUCAUCCAGCGCAGUACAACACAACUGUAAACAAAUGUGAUUCUGGAGAGUAUGAAUAUAAGGAAUGUGCUAGUCUUGCUGAAUCAACAGAUGGCUCAAAAGCGCAUCAGAAAACAGAUUUCACUAGAGAAAGUUGUUUUUGCAGUCGGGUGCUUCUGACAGUUCACAGAAAGGAAGAGGAAACUGGCCUUACUGCAUGUGUGAAGACUUCAGCUGUAACAAAUUUCUGCAAUGCUAAUGAGGCUGACUCAGAUACUGACACUUUGCAGAACUCCACCUAUGCGAUGGGAGAAGGGCUGGCAUGCUGUGCUGUGGGUCCACAGGCCAAAGAAAUGAGAAACCCUGUGGUGAAAAAGAGUCUGAUUUUUAAUAAUGCUUGUACUGUGAUUUCAGGACAGAAUCACUUAGCAGGAACAGAAAGCCACAGCAUCACAGGAGACAGUGGAAUUGACUCCCCAAGACCAAGAAUAAAGAAUCCUUUAUAAAGGUUUUCAGUCAUAAUUACAAUGACGAACUGUCUGACUUGCUCACAGCUGGCAGCAGGAUGUGCAUGUCACCUGAACUAGUGGCUUUUGCUUCCUUUUGUAUGGUAUGUGCUGCCUGCAACUAUGCAAUCUCUUUUCAGAAAAGCUUGUUGAAAAUUUGCUCCAUGGAAAAAAUGUUAGUAUGAAAUAAUAUUUUACAUGGUUACAUAUAUAAAAACUACAAAACUGUUAAUGUAAUCUGAAGUAGGAAAUUUUCACCUAAACUGGCAAAAAUGUAAGUUAAAAUGUUGGGAGGGAGAAAUUAUACCCAUUUUUUAAAUAGCAUUAUAUGUUCUCAGGAACAAAAAUUAUUGAUAUGUAAGCAUAAUUAAGCCACUCGAGUUCCCAUUAGACAUGUAUUAUCAUCUUGAGAAACUAGUAUAUGAAGGAAUGGAUCAUGUACUAUAUUUUUAAAAGAAAUGCCACACUUUUUUUCUUCUUGCACUGGGAACAUAGAGCUUCUGACUGUGCAUUCUUUCAGCAUGCUUCUAGUUUGUUACUUGAAUAUGGAUGCCUGAAAUCUUUUGGACACUCUUUAGCAAAAAAAAAAAUUCAAAGGAUUGUUUUGUUUGUUUGUUUGUACUUACAAUGUCUGUGAUACUAGAAUCUAAGCCAAUUCUGUUUAUUUCUAGAACACAAAAGUCUGACAUCUAAUAAUUCUGCUAUUUUAGAUAGACUGAAAAGAUGACAAAGCUUCCUGCAAAAUGUUGAAAGCAUAAGUAGUAAUGCAAAGGGUGGAAGGCUACUUGCAAAAAAUUCCUUGCUGCUGACUCUAGUCAUGUUUGAUUACUUUUUCUAACUCAGCUUUGUAAACUCUCCCUUUGUAACAGCAUUUACAGUACUGUAAAUGCUAUCAGUCUCAUCUGUGAGGCUGUCCCUAAAUUCAAAGCUGUUUGUGCAAACUUUCAUCUGUGGUAUUUUGAGUUCUGCUGUGUAUUCCUGUUGCUCUCAUAUUUCAGUGCUUUUUGUGACUGUUUCUAAUAAAAAUAAAGACUGAUAUACUUCAUUCAAAUCA